AUGUCGACCACCAGAUCCUCAUCGGUAGAGGAACAUAUUGAUCGUAUAGAAGGGGAAGUCCGCCAGACCACCAGUGAGUUAAGUGAAAUCAAGGAGACUCUCUCAGCUCUGGUGCACACGGACCCGGAGAAGACUGAAUGCAUGAUCUCCUGGGCCCGGCCCAACUCCCCAAAAGCUCUUAGGGGGUUCCUGGGGUUAACCGGUUAUUACCAGACGUUCAUUAAAGGGUAUGGAAUACUUGCAGCACCUUUCACCCGACUGCUCAAGAAACAUUCAUUCGAAUGGGAUCAGAAGGCAGAAGAAGCCUUUCAAGCACUUAAGGAAGCUGUCACCUCACCUCCUACACUGGCCCUUCCUAACUUUGAGCUGGAGUUCAUAGUAGAGGCUGAUGCUUCGGGCACCGGAAUUGGUGCAGUCCGAAUGUAG